CGGAGGUUGCUGCGCGGGCAGGUCGGAGCUGCGCGCUGCUGCUUCUGGUUCUUCUGUGGUCGCGGUCCCCUGUCCGGCAGUCUGGGACUGCGGAGCCGGCGAGGCGCGCGGGUCACAGCCCUUCGGAAGCCCAAGCAGCUCGGCGCGGGGCCUGGCGGGAAGGCGGGCGAGCGCGUGGCCGAGGGUGCCGCGCGGACGGGCGGGCGCCCGUGAGGGAGAGAGGCGGGGGCGGCGGGUUAGCCGCGGGCCGGGCCGGCCGGGGGAUGUCGAUGCCUGACGCGAUGCCGCUGCCCGGUGUCGGGGAGGAGCUGAAACAGGCCAAGGAGAUCGAGGACGCUGAGAAGUACUCCUUCAUGGCCACAGUCACCAAGGCUCCCAAGAAGCAAAUCCAGUUUGCUGAUGACAUGCAGGAGUUCACCAAAUUCCCUACUAAGACUGGCCGGAGAUCUUUGUCUCGCUCCAUCUCACAGUCCUCCACAGACAGCUACAGUUCGGCUGCAUCCUACACAGACAGCUCUGAUGAUGAGGUUUCCCCCCGAGAGAAGCAGCAAACCAACUCGAAGGGCAGCAGCAAUUUCUGUGUGAAGAACAUCAAGCAGGCAGAGUUUGGACGCCGGGAGAUUGAGAUUGCAGAGCAAGACAUGUCUGCUCUGAUUUCACUCAGGAAACGUGCUCAGGGAGAGAAGCCUUUGGCUGGUGCUAAAAUAGUGGGCUGUACACACAUCACGGCCCAGACAGCGGUCUUGAUUGAGACACUUUGUGCCCUGGGGGCCCAGUGCCGCUGGUCUGCUUGCAACAUCUAUUCAACUCAGAAUGAAGUAGCCGCAGCACUGGCUGAAGCUGGAGUUGCAGUGUUCGCUUGGAAGGGCGAGUCCGAAGAUGAUUUCUGGUGGUGCAUUGACCGCUGUGUCAACAUGGAUGGGUGGCAAGCCAACAUGAUCCUGGAUGAUGGGGGAGACUUAACCCACUGGGUUUAUAAGAAGUAUCCAAACGUGUUUAAGAAGAUCCGAGGCAUUGUGGAAGAGAGCGUGACUGGUGUUCACAGGCUGUAUCAGCUCUCCAAAGCUGGGAAGCUCUGUGUUCCAGCCAUGAAUGUCAAUGAUUCUGUUACCAAACAGAAGUUUGAUAACUUGUACUGCUGCCGAGAAUCCAUUUUGGAUGGCCUGAAGAGGACCACAGAUGUGAUGUUUGGUGGGAAACAAGUGGUGGUGUGUGGUUAUGGUGAGGUAGGAAAGGGCUGCUGUGCUGCUCUCAAGGCCCUUGGAGCAAUUGUCUACAUCACAGAAAUUGACCCCAUCUGUGCUCUGCAGGCCUGCAUGGAUGGCUUCAGGGUCGUGAAGCUAAAUGAGGUCAUCCGGCAGGUGGAUGUUGUAAUAACUUGCACAGGAAAUAAGAAUGUAGUGACACGGGAGCACUUGGACCGAAUGAAAAAUAGUUGCAUUGUAUGCAAUAUGGGCCACUCCAACACGGAAAUCGAUGUGACUAGCCUCCGCACUCCAGAGCUAACAUGGGAGCGAGUACGUUCUCAGGUGGACCAUGUCAUUUGGCCUGAUGGCAAACGGGUCGUCCUUCUUGCAGAGGGUCGUUUACUCAAUUUGAGCUGCUCCACAGUUCCUACCUUUGUUCUCUCCAUCACAGCUACAACACAGGCUUUGGCACUGAUAGAACUCUAUAAUGCACCAGAGGGACGUUACAAACAGGAUGUGUACUUACUUCCUAAGAAAAUGGAUGAGUAUGUUGCCAGCCUGCACCUGCCGUCAUUCGAUGCCCACCUGACAGAGCUGACAGACGACCAAGCCAAGUAUCUGGGACUCAACAAAAAUGGGCCAUUCAAACCUAAUUAUUACAGAUACUAAUGGAUGUAUUACAGUGACCAGUCCACAUAAACCAUCCAACUCAAAUAGAAUAUUUUUUAAGAUAACUUUUCUUUUCUUCUUAUUACUUUCCUUUUGAUUUUUUUUCUAUAAUUUCAUUUUUGUUUUCUCAUCUGUCAUUCAAGUUUUGCAGACCACACAGGAACUUGCCCCAUGGCUCUGUAGGUGAAACUGAGGUUGAAGGUUUCUCACCCUAGUCACUAAAGAAGGGUAACUCUGCAGCCCAGAAAGUUGAUUCUUGAACUACUUCUGGGGACUUUGGUUAUAUUUAAUUACCAUAUUAACAAAAAAUGCUAAGGUAUCUUCUAUGUGGAACAGUGUCUAAAUUGCCUUCAGAGAGCCAGUUUCCUAGCUGCUGGAACUAGUGCUCUUCCACUCCUUCAGAAGAGCCAGGAUGGUACUUCCCAGCCAGGUAGGUUAGAUGGAGGUGGUGCAUGUCGACUUCCCCAGACACUCUGAGCUGUUUCCUGUGUGAGGUGGCGUGUCUGGCGCAGAGCUGUGCUGUGAACUCCGUAGGGUCACUUGGAUUUGUAGUUCAGCCCUGCCUUCCUUCCACCUUCCUUCUCUCAUGUUCUAGUUCUUAACUAAACUGCAUUCUGUCAAGUUGAA